AUUAUAUUUAAAUGAAAUAAUAAUCAAUAUUUGUCACAGUUGGUAGCACCAACUUUGAUGAAUUAAUAACAGCAAUUGAUAAUGAGGAAACUUAAAAUUAAUUAAAAUUGAUGGGCUAUAAUAAAGUAGUUUGUCAAAUAGGAAGGUAAAUAAUUCAGAUUAUUAAUAUUUUAUAGUGGCAAUUAUGAACCUAAAACUGAAUUUUUUAGAUUCAAAUCCUCUUUAAGUGAAGAUUACUAAAAAGCAGAUUUAAUUAUUUGUCAUUGUGGAGCUGGCACAAUUUUAGAAUGCUUAAAACUCAAAAAAAAGAUUAUUGUAGUAAAUAAUGAUUCAUUAAUGAAUAAUCAUUAAAUGGAAUUAUUCAAUGCUUUAACAAAUCAAUAAUUAGUAUGUGGAAUAAAAUCUACACGUUUAAUUUAAAAUGAAGUAAAACUAAUUUUAAUUAUCUAAGCUUAUUAAUAAAAUUAAGGAAUCUUAGCAAUUAAAAGCAUAUCCAUUGCCAGAACCAAAUAAAAUUGAUAAAAUUAUAGAUUCCAUGUUUUGA